AACUGGCUGUUGGCUGUUUGUGUUUGGACCGGAGCGCACACUGUUCGGAUCCUCACCUCGACUUUCCGUCACUUUCUCUGGGCUCAGGCCGUGAAGCAGCAGGAUUUCCCGCACCGCUCGAACCGGCUCUGCGCACCUCACCGCGGAUCCAGCCGAAGACCCGGACCAGGGACCGAGCUCCGACUGCGACGCCAUGGACCCCGCCAGCCAAGAUAUCAACCUGAACUCUCCUAACAAAGGCCUCGGCGUCGACCGCUCAGACAGUCUGUCCGACGUCCCGGUGGAGGGAGCGGUGGGGAACCCGGCCAACCCCCUCCCACCAGGACUGACGGAGGAGGAGGCCGAGGAGCUGCGCACCGAGCUGACCAAGGUGGAGGAGGAGAUCAACACCCUGCGUCAGGUGUUGUCGGCCAAAGAGAGACACGCCACGGAGCUGAAGAGGAAACUGGGCCUCAGCCCCCUCAACGAACUCAAGCAGAACCUCAGUAAGAGCUGGCAGGACGUCCAGACCUCCAACGCAUAUCUGUCUGCAUCUGCCACUUUGGAAGACAUUACCCGAUCCGAAGCAUAUAAGAAGACUCAGGAGACGCUGUCCCAGGCUGGACAGAAGACCAGUGCUGCCCUCAACUCCAUGGGCUCAGUCAUUAAGAAAGGCCUCGGAGACAUGAGAGCUCUGCCUUUCUCUAAUUCCUUUAGUAGCAACUAUUCCAUCCGCCACUCCAUAAGUAUGCCCGCCAUGAGGAAUUCUCCGACUUUCAAGUCCUUCGAGGAUAAAAUGGGGAACCUGAAGUAUAAGGUGGUCGGUCCCAGAGGAAAUGGCGACGCUGUGAACUCACCCACUGACUCCACCCCCACUCAGGAGAACCCUCCCUUCUGAACCGCGUCCCGCCGCCGCCGCCUUCCUCACGACCUGAGACUGUACUGUUACCACCUCACACCGAGACAGCCCUGACCUUUGACCCCUCCGGCCCCUCCCCUCCCCCCUCACAGGUCUCUAAACACCACGCGGUGGCGCCGAUGGACGUCUGAGGCCCUGCCCCUUUGCCGUCUGCUGCUGCGAGGAGGCGUCCAGUUGAAUAGUUUCCAUCGUGGCCCCACCCUUCGACCUGUUCUUGUCCUGUUAACACUCUCGCCACCCAAAGAGGCUCCGCCUCCACCUAAACCACUGAGUUCAUGUUAGAUUUAGGAUCUGGGCUCAAAUAAGAACCGAGGAUUCUGACGGGCGGCCUGAGUGCGAGCGUCCGUCCGGUGCUGGAUCAGAUGGACCGGAGGGACGCUGACGUAGAUCUACCACCGUCAAAGCCCGUCACAUGUUAACCUGCACCGACCAAUAAACAGGGUUCGUCAUGAAAUCAAUCGUUAAAUAAGUUCAUUCGACGUGUGGAAAAACCCAGAUUAAUCUGAACUCAUGAGUCCGCUCACAGUCUCACUUCACGCCUUAAAAACCAAAACAUAAAAUGUCACAUAGAUCCGCUGUGACGUCAUAUUGGACGACGCUGAAGUGUAUUCACACCUGAUUGGCCCAGACUGCUGCUGUGGAACCGCCCCCCGGUUCCCAGUCCACUGGCUGUGAACGUUUAGACCGAAGUAUCGAGUGGAAACUGUUCAAAUCUGACGCCUUUCCACGUAAACCUGCCUCAUGUUUGUCUCCUUGUCGUUGUGCGCCCGUCUGUCGGCUGACGGCCAAUCAGAGCGCAGCGUCCCCCCCGCCCCCCGAUCCCAUCCAGCACCGACCUCCAUCGGCUUCUGGUCCAUCCUCACUGUGAGCACAUGCUAAUGCUAACGCUAAUGCUAACGCUGCUGAACCCCAGACCGCUGCCCCUCGGCCUCCCUGGUCCUGGAUUUAUUGGACUGGGGGGGCGGGGCUGGGGAGGAGGCGGGGUCCAGGUCCAACACAUCCCACUCCACCACCACAUGCAUGUGCACAUGCCACAACCCCAGAAACACCCCAGGAUGUAAAACAGAAAAACCAUUUUGUAUUAUAAACUAUUUUACACUGCUUUGCAUAAUGUUUUUACAUAACUUUUAUGGAUCUGUACAAAUCUAUAAAUAUAUGAACUGUGCGCUCGGCGUCGGCUCGGUUUGACGGACGUUUAAGGCCAAAGUUUGAACAAACGUCUGAGAAACUGAAGCUUUAAACCAAUCAGAGACGAGAGGGAACCAGAGACGAGAGGGAACGCCAACACUUUAUAUACGAACAGAAACGCAUUCAGCGGCGACGUCACGGGAAGGCGGGGCUUAACAAAUAUUCACGAAAAAAGAAUCCAGCGCACGUUGGAAACACCUUUAAUGAAGCAAAUGCACACCUUUAAUUCAGGAUCAAACGGAUCCAAAGUUAUUGAUUAUUAUUGGAAAAAUGUCCAUCAGAAUAAGGCAUUAAUAAGGACUUAAUUAGUCAAAA